UCUCUAAGGGGCUCUCGCUCGGCGCGGCCAUGGAGGCGGACGGGAGCCAGGCUACCUCGGGGAGCCCCGGAGAGGCGCAGCACGACCCCGGCAAGAUGUUCAUCGGCGGCCUCAGCUGGCAAACCUCACCAGACAGCCUUAGAGACUAUUUUAGCAAAUUCGGAGAAAUUAGGGAGUGUAUGGUCAUGCGGGACCCCACCACCAAGCGCUCCAGAGGCUUCGGGUUCGUUACGUUCGCGGAUCCGGCGAGUGUAGACAAAGUCCUGGCCCAGCCGCACCACGAGCUGGACUCCAAGACGAUUGACCCUAAAGUUGCGUUUCCCCGACGAGCACAGCCCAAGAUGGUCACAAGAACAAAGAAAAUAUUUGUAGGUGGAUUAUCGGCUAAUACAGUAGUGGAGGACGUGAAGCAAUACUUUGAACAGUUUGGCAAGGUAGAGGAUGCCAUGCUAAUGUUUGACAAGACGACCAACAGGCAUAGAGGAUUUGGCUUCGUAACUUUCGAAAACGAAGACGUGGUGGAAAAAGUCUGUGAAAUUCAUUUCCACGAAAUCAAUAAUAAAAUGGUAGAAUGUAAGAAAGCACAACCUAAAGAAGUGAUGUUUCCACCAGGGACGAGAGGAAGGGCACGUGGAUUGCCGUACACCAUGGACGCGUUCAUGCUAGGGAUGGGAAUGUUGGGUUACCCGAAUUUUGUUGCAACAUAUGGCCGAGGAUAUCCUGGAUUUGCCCCAAGUUACAGUUAUCAGUUCCCAGGUUUCCCAGCAGCGGCUUACGGACCAGUAGCAGCGGCAGCCGUGGCAGCAGCAAGAGGAUCAGGUUGGUGCACAUCAGCAGCUUCCAGAUGUGGUGGAUGCCUUGGAUGUGUUAAGUGCAGUACUUAGGAGAAGCAGGAGCUCACUUGCUGCAGUGGGUUUGUGGAACACCUGCACAAAACAGGUGGAUUUUUAUCUUGCCCAAGCUUGUGGAAGCUGCCCAGCUCUUGCUCGGGGCUCAUCUCAGGUAGUUGAGCAGUUGGUUUGUGUCGUGCUGGGCUGGAGGAGCAGCGUGGUGGGAGGACACUGAGGCUGCAGCAGGAGCAGUUUCCUCAAGAUCCCAGGUGCCAUUAUCACCCCAUUGUGCCCAGCUCAGGAAGGUGGGCAGCACUCAGCCCUCCCUCCUGGUUCCCACUCACUUCCAGCCGUAAUUGCCAGCUCACCACCCACUGCUUGCUGUCAUUACCCUGCGAUAUUUUGAUGUGUGAAGCCAUUUCCGAAGGGGCUGCAGCCGCAGAACAACCUUUGAAAGUGUGACUGCAGCUAGAAAAUAACGUACAAAUAGUACCUUGUUAGGGCAGAUCUCGGUGUGUCUCAGCCUCAUCACCACUUAUUUUGCUGAUGAGCCCGACAGUUGUUGUAUUUUCCCUUUUCCCUGCAGGGCAGGGAUAACCCGGGACAGCCUGGCUGCUCCGCAUUACGGAGCGUGCCGGGGUGACAGGGGAGGCACAGCUCUCGCCUUUGAUUUUCCGGGCAGGACUGAGCCAGCUGUCAUCUGCAGCUCUUCCCACUUGCACAGGAGCCGUGUCUGCCACGGGGUUCUUAGAGAGAGAGUUUGCUUUUCAAGUGUGCUUGGGAGAGCAGGAGCAGAGGGAUGCAGGUCCCCAUGAGAGAUGUACAACAUGGCAGCUCUCGUGGUGACGCCGCCCUUAUUUGUUUUUCUGGUUUGUCUCCCACUUUGGCUUCCAGCGAGUUGGGAGCUGUUUGUACCUUGUUAUUCUCCAGAAUAUCUGUGUGUUUCCAGCUCAUUAUUUCUGAGACGUCUGUGAGCUGGAGCAUUGAUCCGAGUUCGAGGUGUGCCACACGCUGCCCCCACAGAACCCACGCUCUGCAAAAGCUCAGGCACAAGGAAGAGAUGCUUCCAUGGCUCAACCUGACCACAAAGGAAGGGGUUUGGAGCUCUCUGAGGUGAUUGGUAUAGAAAAAAAGAGCCUGAAUAUCAGCUUUUAUUUCUCAGUGCUGUGCCAGUGCACUCCUGCAGCCUGAAUAGGCCACUGAGAACCAGGAGCACCAAUGUCUUAUUUCAGACUGGCGUUAAUUUGUACAUCCAGUCCCGGGUAAAUGACAUUCUGGUUGUUAGCAGCUCUGAAAAGCAAGGUACAAACUCCCAUUAACUUCAGCCCUGACUGCACAAAGAAUUAGCUUUGGCCAAGCGAUCUGUAACAUGGGUGCAGCGCUGCUAAUUAUAUUUAUAAGGCUGUGAGCACUAAUGAUGUAAGAUGUGCAUGCGGUGCUGAGUUGUGCUGGUUAUUUAAGGUAUCAGCGUCACGCGGGGAGUGCUGCUCUGUUAGUCAUGCGUGCCACAGCGUGGCCAGCAGUGCUCUCCCCAGGGACACUCGGGUCCCCAGGGAAGGGGGACUGUCCCCUGCCACUGGCUGUGGUUCUGCUCUGUGUCCUCUGUGCCUGGGUGCCUGCAGGGGCAGCACAGCAGGCUGGAAUGCUUGGGGACAGGUGAUGCUCCUUCUGUGGCACUCUUCUCUAAAAAUCCAGCAGUAAAUGGACCCCAGUGACUCAAAUUCAUAAAUUUAUAGAAUCCUAGAGCGGGGUGGUAAAGGUGCCUCUGGCUCCAGGUGAGCUCACCUGAGCUCCUGGAGGAAGACAAACACUUAGCAACUAACCAUGGCUGAGCAAAUCAUUUAAAUGCAGCUUUCUGAGCCUCCUGCUAAUUAUGGGAGCUUUCUGUUUCAUUUGGAGGGGCUGGAGCAAAGGGACCUUAAAGACCAGCCCCGUGUCGUGGGCAGGAACACCUUCCACUACGCCAGGCUGCUCAAACUUUGUCAUGAAAUGCCACCAGGCUGUGGGGCAGCCCCCUGUCCCCGUGCCCCUGUGCCCUGCCUGCUCCCAUCCCUGCCAGCAGCAUCCAGUGUCAUUAUAUCAUUUACUCCUUCGAGCUGGAAGAUGAUGUUUGCAGCAUGUUCUAUGAAUUUUUCAUAAAGAUAGAAAAACAGACUAAUCUUGUGAGCUUUGAGUCUUGGUGGUGGGUAAUGGCUUUGAUUUAAAGCAUUUUGUCUUAAUGAUAGUUAUAUUGAAAAUUUCCUGCUGCUUUCAAGCACGUUUAGUUAUUAUCAUAAACAUUGAUGGUGGAAAUGCCUGCCAAAUUGUGCGUGGCUGUUUAUGGCAGAUGAGAGAGUCAUCCAGAAAUUAUAGCUCUGGAUCAACAAGUUGUGAAGAAACCUGUUUGUGCAGGAAUGCACCCUGAGGGCAGUGGGACAAGGCAGGAACAAGGAGGGUCUUGGAGGAGAAAAGGGCUGGAGAUGUCCAACUCUGGUUGUAGGGUAUGCUUGACAGGAGGUGAAAAAUGAAUUUCUGAUGAGAAUCAUAGAAUCUUUUAUGUUGGAAAAUAUUUCUAAAAUCAGUGAAUGUUAACCCCACACUGCCAAGCUCCCCCAUCCCUGCAGAGCUGCUCACCCCCGUGCAUGGCUGCCCAGGGACAAGGAAUAUCCUGCCUCAGGGAAUUGUAGUGGUUUCUUUCCAUCAUGAGGAUUUCCUCACCUGACCAUUGUGGCAGGGAAGGCAGACACACAUUCUGCACUGUUCCUCACCUGGAUUUUUUUUUUUUAAUUUAAAAUACUCAUAUUUGUUAUGAGUCCCUGCAGAGGUGUUUAAGCCUCUGGGUUUUGGUGCUGUAGGAGAGGGAAGGGUGUCACCAAGGCUCCAUGUGGGCUGUGUGCAGGGCACAGUGAUCCCCAUGCAGUGUCUGUCUCAGUGCCCUGUCCAGACUGCCCCUGCUUUGUUUCCUUUGCAAUACAGCAUAUUUCAGUGGUGCCUAGGAGGGAUUUUUGUCAUCAGGUGCCAUUUACUGGUCCCUAAAGGCCUGACUGUCAUCCCAGUACCGUGUGAGUUCCCCUUGUAGGACAGUGAUGUCUAAAUCCUCACGUCUCUUCUCCUUUUCCUUUCCUCUUCCCCUUCAUCUCUAUGGUUCAGUUGGGUUUAUUUUGGUGGGAUUCCAUCAUGGCUGGGUUUAUUUGGGGGGGGUUCCAGCAUCCAGCUUGUCGUGCUUUGCCCAGGCCCAGCAGCCUUGGGGUCCUUGUUAGCAAAUUCCAGCAGGAAUCCAGACUUAGAGAUGUCUCAGGAGUUCCUGGAGGGAGAGUUUAUCUCCCAGCAGUGACCUCUGUGGCUGAGCCCAGCUGAAGGUGUGAGCAUGUCGGUGUGAGCGUGGCAGUGUGCAGGAACAGGCUCCAGACACCAUCCCUGCCUCCUGCCCUGCCUCAGCCCAGUGCCAGGCUGCUCUGGCUCCCAGCUCCUGGCUCCCUGUCACAAAGCACUUGGCUGGAGGUGGAGGAGCAUCCCACGUGCAUGUUAAAUGGGGAUAAAGGCUCUGCUGAAGGAUGGGCUGAGAUAAAGCCUCACUGCCUGAACAGGUCCAGCUCUUGCUGUGCCAGCCCUGCACAGCAGCUCCCAACUCCACCAGCACCAAUAUUGCCAUUGGAAACACCUGCUGGGGCUGCUUUAUGAACCCACAUGUUUCAUAUCAAUCUGUGUCCCAUCCCACAUUCCCUCAGUGCUUUUCAGUGCUGUGACACUGGGCAGAGUGGGCCUGAGGCUCCCUGUCCCUCAGGCUUCAGCUGCUGAUCAAAAUUCACAGGCUCGGAAUCUUCUCUGCAAGAGAAGCCACAGCAGAUUCAAAGUGGAGCAAGCAAGGCAUUAUCCUGCCCUGUUCCAUCCCUGCCAGAGCUGCUGGCUGCUGGCCCUUGAUCUCCAUCAGCACAGGAAGGAGCUUCUGUAGUCCAGGGGAUGGAGGAUGGCUGGGGCUGGAGAUAAAAGGUGGUUGGCUGUGACUUACAAGCACAUCUAAUCUUUUCCACGUCUCUGCUGACCUUGAUCUAUCACAGGGCUUCCUGGGGACGCCUGGGAUUGUGAGUUUUGCAUAGAGGAAGCCUUUGAGCUGCAGGUGCUCAGGCACAGUCUCAGAGCUGUGAGGUUGCGUGCUGCAGGAUGGCUUUCUGUGCCCUCGGUUGGGAAAUGGCACCUGGGAUGAGUCCCUUGAUGCCAGGAUAUGCUGAGUGCUGGCAAUUGAUGGCCCUGGCAGCCCCCAGUCACUGCUGAGUGAGUCUGGGGGAUCCAGAGUCAGGGGAGUCCUGGUCAGCUCAGCCACGGCUCUGGGGACCAGGCUUUGCUCUGCUCCUGGCAUCAGGUCACAGUCAGCGUUCCCUCCCUGCGUGGACAGCACAGUCCCCUGGCAGCUCUGCAGCAGCAGCCUCCCAAACAUCUGCCCCAGUUCCUGUUCUCCCCAUGGGCUGUUAGGGGCCGAGGGAAAGGCUCCAAUUCCUCCCAGCCUGCAAGGAGUUAAUGUCAGUGCUCUGCAGUUCCCACAGUUCACAGCAGCCUUGGACAACUCCCGACAACCUCCAGCCUCAGGAGCUUUGUCAUAGGUUUCCAAACAGCGUUAACUUUUCUUAGUGGUGCAGUAUCUGGAGUGAGGAGGAUUGCAGGCAUUUUUCCUUCUUCCUGUCAGUGUCAGGGUGCUCCAGGUUUGUGUAAAACAAACUUGUUUCCAGGUGGUUCUUGCCAGAACACAUCAGGAUCUGCCUGCUGGGGAGGUGCUUCAGGUCCCUUUGCUGCAGUGAUGGUGAAGGUGCCUCUGGCUCCAGGUGAGCUCACCUGAGCUCCUGGAGGAAGACAAACACUUAGCAACUAACCAUGGUUGAGAAAUCAUUUAAAUGCAGCUCUCUGAGCCUCCUGCUAAUUAUGGGAGCUUUCUGUUUCAUUUGUAGGGGCUGGAGUGAAGUGUUGGCUCUGGAAAAGCCUCCAGCUUUUUCUGUGGAGUUUUUCAGGCACCACAUGGAGAGGUGCCAGGGCAUCCCAGCCUCCACACAGCCCUUCCCAGGCUGGAGCAGCCUUUGGUGUGCCCCUUCUCCCUCCUGUGAGCAGUGUGCAGUGCUGAACCCCUGGUCAGCAGAUGAAAAAUUGCCGUUUCAUUCCCCACCUGAGUAACCAACCCAGUGCCAGCUCUCCCUGCAGGUGUGAAAGCCUUGCCUCCAGUCUUGAGGGAUGCACAUGAGAGUGGCCAGGGUGGGAUGUGGGCUGUGGGGGCACAGAGAGAGUCUCUGGUUCCUCAGGUGGUUGUUCUGGAGGUUGCUGUGGCAUUUGCAGGAGUAUUUUACUAACAGGAUGCCCCUGGCCGUGCCAGGUCCUGCUGUCACUCGGAGCAGCCAACUGGGUUUUCUGUGUGACUUGGCAGGAAAAUUCACAUCCAUUUUAUUGAACCAAAGGGAAGAAAAGGGGGGAAAAGUGCUGGCUUGUAGUAAUAAAGGGCUUUGGAACAUCUCAGCUGGAUAUUUUUCUUCACGAGUGAGAAGGCCAAAUGUUAUCUUGACAUUUAAUCUUUAAUAAUAAAAAAAGGCUCUUUGUUUGCCAGCAAAGUCCAAAAUCUGUUUACUCUCUCAUGCCUUAUUUCUUUGAACUUGCUAGCUUAGAUGUCCUACUUACCCUCCCCUGUUACCAGUGCAGAGCUGUGGUGAAUCAUUUCUGGUGCAGAGCUGCCUUCCCUGUCCCCACAGAGCCGCCAGGUGUGCUGCUCCUGCCCAGCUCAGCCAUUCGGGGUCCCUGGUGCAGGGGAGGGGGCCAGGGCAGCCGAGGUGCAGCCUGUGCCCACCGCAGCCCUUGGUGAGAGCCCUGUGGUCAGUGCUGCAGCUCUGAGCUGGGCACAGGCACUGCAGGCCAGCGGGCUCCAUAACCCACCCUGGUGCUGAGCGGGCAUCCUGGCAAGGUGCAGCCAGAGGAAGAGGCUGAAGUGGCCUCGGGGCAGCCUGGAAGGUGGGAUGGAGGGGAUGGGGUCGGUGCCCAGGGGGUUUGGGCAGGCUGUGCUGUUGGGCCACAUCCAGCCCCGCUGGCCAUCGUGUCCUGGCACUGCCCAUGGUGGGGACACACUGGGGACACACUGGGGACACGGUGGGGUGGGCAGAGCAGGCUCCCUGUGCCCCAGGGACCUUGCAGGAACCACCCAGGUGUAGCUCCAGCUUCCCAUCUCCAUCCAGCUCCUCCCAGUCCGCUGACUUUUCUUUCCCAUUGAAACUUCUUCCUCAUAAAUUCUACAUCCAAGAGCAGCCGUGAGAAAUGCCAGAAGCCUGAUCAUCUAACAUGCUUUAAUAUCUAAAUUUCUUCUUCAGUAUCAUUCUUAUUUACAUUGUUUUUCUUUCUCAAAAAAAAAAAAAAAAUAAGGGAGGAAAAAAAUUAAAUUUUCUUUUACUUCCACAUUAGGAGGUGAGUUGUCAUCCACCCUCUGGAAUUCUUUUUUUGCUUUUGAUCUUUAUUUAUUUGUUUAAUUUUGGUUGAUGUCCCUAGCAUGGUUUUGGAGACGAAGGUAGGUCUUCGCUCUCCAAAUCAAAAGGAAAAAAGAAAAAAACCUAAAUAAAACAACACUCUCCUUGGUCAUAUCUAAAAGAGAAAAAUCCAAACUGUUCCAUUCCAUAUCAUUUAAAGAAAAAAAAAAAUUAACUACUGAACUAUUUCUACAGCUUACUGAUCUAAAAGGGCGGGUUUUUUCCAAAAGUAUUGAAUGGAUCCAAAAAACGAUUUACCUAGACGUGAUUCAAGUUAUUUGCUGUCAACAUUUUAAUAUCAAUAUUACCACAAUGUGUAGUCUCAAACUAGUUCCUUUGUAGUUUGCAUGGGAUGUGAAUGCUGUCUCGGCGUGCCCAGACCUAGAGAACUUGUUACUACUGCAUGAGCAUCAAGUCAGAUGUUGAAAAAUACCUAUUAUAUUUUGUGAUAAUUUGGUGAAAAUGAGCACCUCCAGUCUCUGGUUGCAGUAGUGUGUUGAAUGAUCGUUCUUUUUUUUUUUUUUUUUUUUUUUUUAUAUAUAUCCAUAUAUAUAUUUUUGGAGCUCUAAGCUUCGUAGUAGUCCGGGCUGACUCUUCUCCAGUACUCGCUCUCCUCUCGCAUGGCCUUGGUUAAGUGUUAGAAUUGGGCCUAGGCUGUUUAUUCUGGUGUUUGGCUUUGUAAUUCCGGUGCAUGCCCGGCGUCUGGCCUCAUACCCAGCUUUAUUCUCUGC